AUGGAUAAGUUUUGUGUGUGUUUAGUUCUGGUGGCGUGUGCUCUAGCCACUGUGGAAUCAUACAGUACCGGAGUACCCAGAAAAGGAUGUAAUUUAAAGAAACCAUACCAUAUACGGAGAAAUUUUACUGACUGGAAUUGGGAAUAUGCUCCUCAAUUUUCGACGCCACCGUUUCGUAUAUUAACAAAUACUACAGUUAUAAAGCCUGGUGAUGCUGUGGAAGUGACAAUUUCACCAAAGACGAGACAAGAUGCCUUCAAAGGGUUCUUCUUACAAGUUGUUCCCGAGAAGAGUUUGUUCGACUUUCCGCGCGGGACGUGGACAGCGGACGGUAUGGCACGCCCCUUCCGGUGUCAAAUGGUGGACGGCGACAGCAUCAGUCACGCGAACAGUCGCUGGAAAGGAAACAUUACAAUGAUAUGGCACGCGCCAACCGAAUUCAAGGAUUUAGAGGACAAUCUGGUUGUUAGAGGUUCUAUUGUCCGUACAUAUGACGAAUACUGGGAAAGUGUCCAAUCAAAACCUUUGAUGAUAGAUCAAAUUAAAGACUCUCCCGCCAAAAGUGAUCUUCUUGCCCAGCUGGCGAAGGAGUUCGGGAGUGACAAGGCAGAACAGUUAUUGGCCAUUUUAGAGGUGAAGGUCAUGGAGGAUGACUUAGCGGGAAUAACCUCUUCCUUAACGGCCAAUACUGGGACGAGCAGCGCCACAGGUGGUGCUACUGGUGGCGCUACUGGUGGCGCGACAGUUAGCGCCACCACCACUGCGCCUCCACCUACCACGCCCCCACCACCAUCAACCAACGUUAACAACAAAAUAGAAGAGGUGGCUGACGGAGAUGAAGGAUUGCUAUCGAAGGUCACUGGACUUGUCAAGAACCCUAGCAUUCUAAAUACAGUGAAGGGCCUUAUGGGAGGAGGCAGCAGCGACAGUGGAGGCUUAGGCGGAUUGGCCAGUCUAGCAGGAAGCGUCCUUGGAGGCGGUGGCGGCGGUGGACUUCUAUCCAGCAUGCUUGGUGGAGGAGGAGGAGGAGGCGGUGGUCUGGGUGGACUUACUAGUUUGAUUCCAAUGCUCGGAGCCGGUAAGAUGUUGUCCGGUAUGCUCGGAGGGGGAGGAGGCGGUGGAGGGGGAGGGCUACUUUCGUCUAUCCUUGGAGGAGGUAGCAGCAGAGAUGACGAUGAUAUGUAUGGAGGCUACGCGGGUAUGCAAGGAGGCAUGUUUUCCGGACAGCAAGGCAUGAUGGGAGGAUCUUCCCAAGGUAUGCUUGGAGGUGGCCAAGGAAUGAUGGGAUUGGGAGGAGGGAGCGGAGCGUCAUCUGGUGGUAACCCAUUAGCAAGCAUUCUGGGUAACCCUGGCGCUAUGGCAGGUAUAUCGUCAAUGCUGCAAAAUAUGGGAGGAUCGUCACCAGGAUCAAGUAUAGGGGGAGGAGCAGGAGGCGGUGGAAGUCUCAUGAGUAUGCUUGGAAUAUCAGAUCCAUCAGGAGGAGGGGAUUCAAGCAGGCCAAGACCGGAGCUGUUGGAAAAUUCUCAAGGUACAAGAGCCCAGCCAGGACCUAACGCUGGUCUGAAUAACGCACUCUCUCAGGUGAUGGGCAUGCUUGGAGGCUCAAGUGGGUCCGGCGGUCGGUCCAAUAGCGCCUCCUCCCAGUGGUCGAACCAGGGCCAGAACCAGCAAUAUCAACAGGGAGGAUAUUAUCCCCAGCAACAACAGUAUCCACAACAGCAAUACCAGCAGGGCCCUUACUAUUCACAAGGUCAACAAAAUGGUAAUCAGUGGGGUAACCAGUGGCAACAGAACGGAAAUCAAUGGGGUAAUCAGCCGGGAUAUAACGGAAAUCAGUGGGGUAACCAAGGAUCAAACGGUAAUCAGUGGGGUAACCAGGGAAACCAAGGACCUAACGGUAACCAGUGGGGUAAUCAAGGAAACCAAGGAUCUAACGGCAAUCAGUGGGGUAGCCAGGGAUCCGGUGGAAAUCAGUGGGGUAAUCAAGGAAACCAAGGAUUUAACGGUAAUCAGUGGGGUAACCAGGCAACCCAAGGAUCUAACGGCAAUCAGUGGGGUAACCAGGGAUCCGGUGGAAAUCAGUGGGGUAACCAAGGAAAUCAAGGACCAAACGGAAAUCAGUGGAGUAACCAAGGGAGUCCGGCGCAGCCCUCGGGACCUGGCGGUAAUCCGUGGGGAAAUCAAGGACCACCCUCUGGAAAUCAAGUUGACAAUGGCGGACAACAGAACGCGUUUAAUUUUCAAUUUAGCAACCCAGAUCAGUCAAACCAAAAUGGUUUCCAGCAACCAAAUAGUAACAGCCAACCCGAUCCAAACCUAUCGGGUGGUGGAUUUGGCCUUGGUGGGAAUACUGGUCCUGCAGGAGUCAUGCCUAUGCAACCAGCAAACAACAUUCAAGACCCUGCACCACCUCCGCCAUCUGGCGGUGGCAGUGGUUUCCCUUCAGGUGGUGCAUUGGAUAACCUCCUCAAUGGCGACAGUUCAUCUGGUGGUGGAUUAGACCUGAAUGGCCUGUUGAACGGCAAUGGCGGAGGACUCGGUGACCUCUUUGGAGGAAGUUCGAGUGGUGGUGGUGGUGGUGGUGGUGGGGGAUUGCCCGAUUUGUCAAGUGUCCUCGGGAGUGAUGGUAAAAUAGAUGCAGGUAAUGUACAAAAUCUCCUAAAUGACCCAGGUGUUAUGAAUCAAGUGUCCGGAAUGUUAGGAUCACUUGGAGGCGGAGACGCUGGUGGAAUAGGGAACAUGCUCGGAGAAUUAAUGGGGGAUGGUGGCGGAGGCCUGCAGGACAUGCUCGGAGGACUUAUGGGCGAAGAUGGAGGCGGGCUUCAGGAUAUGCUUGGAGGCUUGAUGGGAGGGGGAGGAGGAGGAGGGGGCGGUGGAAUGGACUUAGGUGGUAUCAUGGGAAUGUUAGGUUAA